AUGUUCUUUGCUGCUGCUUCGCGCACUCUUCGUCCUGCUGCUGUGACGCGCCAGGUUGGCGGUGCUAGCCUGCUGCGCCGUAGUAUAUCCGGAGAAUCGGUGGCUCCUACGUCGCGCUACAACAAGGAGAAGGAUGCGGAUGGCAAGUACACCGUGACUCUCUUCCCUGGUGAUGGUAUCGGUCCGGAAGUCUCGGGUGCCGUGCAGGAGAUUUACAAGGCUGCCAACGUCCCGAUCAAGUGGGAGGAGGCUGAUGUGACGCCGACCAUCAACAGUUUUGGCAAGCAGGUGAUCCCUGAGGAGACAAUCAAGUCGGUGCGCAAGAAUACUGUGGCUCUGAAGGGCCCCCUGGCUACGCCGAUCGGCAAGGGCCACGUCUCGCUAAACCUGACGCUGCGUCGUACCUUCAACCUAUUCGCCAACGUGCGUCCCUGUGUGUCUGUGGAGGGCUUCAAGACCCCGUACGACAACGUGAACACCGUGUUGAUCCGUGAGAACACCGAGGGUGAGUACUCGGGUAUCGAGCACGAGGUCGUCGACGGUGUUGUUCAGAGUAUCAAGCUGAUCACCUACGAAGCGUCGGAGCGUGUGGCCCGCUACGCCUUCUACCACGCCCAGCAGAAUGGCCGCUCGCGUGUGACCGCCGUGCACAAGGCGCCUAUCAUGAAGAUGUCGGACGGUAUGUUCCUGACCGCGUGCCGCAAUGUCGCGAAGGACUUCCCUGACAUUGAAUACGACGAGGACCUGCUUGAUCGCGCUUGCCUGCGCAUUGUGCAGGACCCAACGCCGUACUCGGACCGCGUCAUGGUCAUGCCCAACCUGUACGGUGACAUUCUCUCGGACAUGUGCGCCGGUCUCAUUGGUGGUCUCGGUCUGACGCCCUCGGGUAACAUUGGCCGUGAUGCCUCGAUCUUCGAGGCUGUCCACGGCUCCGCGCCAGACAUUGCUGGCCAGGACAAAGCCAACCCCACCGCGCUGCUUCUCUCGUCGCUGAUGAUGCUUCGUCACAUGAACUUGUUCGAGUACGCGGACAAGAUCGAGAAGGCUAUCUUUGCCACGAUUGCCGCCGGCGAGCGGACGGGUGACCUGGGUGGUAAGCUUGGUACCAAGGCCUUCACGGAGCGCAUCAUUUCGCGUCUGUAA